UCAGUUUUAAACAGUUUAGUCCGUUGGUGUUUCUCAGUUGUCCCGCACCAUCCGUCUCUCUCUCCCCCUCUCUCUCUUUUAAACUCCAUUUUUCUCUCUUAUAGAGCUGUCUAUAUUCUUUAUCGCUCUCUUGCUUCUCUUUAUUUAGAUUUUUGUUUUUUCAUUAUCUGCUGUGCCGAGGUUUGUUUUUAGUCGCAGGAGGAGCUUGCUUGGGUUCCAUUUUGAGAAAAUUCGAAGGAGAGAUUGAUUUCUUUUCAUUUCUCUCUUCGAGCUCUCUCUCUGCUUUAAAUUUGAAGGGAUCACACAGCUUAUAGAAAUCGCCCCAGCUUUUGUCAUUAAUUUUUUUGUUGGAUUCUGAGUUUUCGGAAGGGAAUAUAUAAAUUCUCAUAUUGAUUUGUUUAAUUGGGUGAAAAAAGUACUACGGGUGUUUGUUUACAAUGGAAUCUUACAUGAGUUCAAUUGGUUCGAAAUUGCAAAUGUUGACCACAUCUGAUCAUGCUUCUGUGGUCUCUAUGAACUUGUUUGUCGCGCUUCUUUGCGCUUGUAUUGUUAUUGGUCAUCUUCUAGAGGAGAAUCGGUGGAUGAACGAGUCAAUCACUGCCCUUAUAAUUGGUCUAUGUACUGGGGUUGUUAUCUUGCUGAUUAGUGGAGGAAAAAGUUCGCAUCUUUUAGUCUUUAGCGAGGAUCUUUUCUUUAUAUAUCUUCUCCCACCUAUCAUAUUUAAUGCGGGGUUUCAGGUUAAAAAGAAGCAAUUCUUCCGUAAUUUCAUGACUAUAAUGCUAUUUGGUGCAGUUGGUACAUUAAUAAGCUGUUUUAUCAUAUCUGUAGGUGCUAUGCAAUUCUUUAAGAAAUUAGACAUCGGUCCACUAGAUAUAGGGGAUUAUCUAGCAAUUGGUGCCAUAUUUGCUGCAACAGAUUCUGUUUGCACAUUGCAGGUGCUUAAUCAGGAUGAGACGCCUUUACUCUAUAGUCUGGUUUUCGGGGAGGGUGUCGUAAAUGAUGCCACAUCAGUGGUGCUUUUCAAUGCAAUCCAGAGCUUUGAUCUAACUAAUAUCAAUGCCGCAACUGCUUGGGAUUUUGUUCGCAACUUUUUUUAUUUAUUUCUUGCAAGCACUUUGCUAGGGGUGAUAACUGGACUAAUUAGUGCUUACAUCAUCAGAAGGCUCUAUUUUGGCAGGCACUCAACAGAUCGUGAGGUUGCUCUAAUGAUGCUCAUGGCAUACCUUUCCUAUAUGCUGGCUGAACUGUUCUAUUUGAGUGGCAUUCUCACAGUAUUUUUCUGUGGGAUUGUGAUGUCCCAUUACACAUGGCAUAAUGUGACCGAGAGUUCAAGAGUCACUACCAAGCAUGCUUUUGCAACCUUGUCAUUUGUUGCUGAGACUUUUAUCUUCCUUUAUGUUGGUAUGGAUGCCCUGGACAUUGAGAAGUGGAGAUUCGUAAGUCAUAGCCCUGGGACUUCAGUUGCUGUGAGUUCGAUACUACUAUGUCUCGUCAUGGUUGGAAGAGCAGCAUUUGUUUUCCCCUUGUCCUUUUUGUCCAACUUAGCUAAGAAAUCACCUAAUGAGAAGAUAAGCUUCAAGCAGCAAUUUAUCAUAUGGUGGGCUGGUUUGAUGAGAGGUGCUGUGUCAAUGGCACUUGCAUACAAUAAGUUCACAAGUGCGGGGCACACCCAUCUACGAGGAAAUGCAAUAAUGAUCACUAGCACCAUAACUGUUGUUCUUUUCAGCACGGUGUUGUUUGGUUUGAUGACUAAACCUUUUAUAAAAAUUUUGCUGCCUAAUCCAAAACACCAAUCAAGAAGCAUGACAAUUUCGUCAGAUCCAACUACUCCAAAAUCAUUUACAAUACCACUUCUUGGAGAGGGGCAGGACUCGUUAGAUGAUCUAGGUGGCCAUGACAUUGAUCAUCGAAGCAGCAUACGCGCACUCUUGACCACCCCAACACACACUGUUCAUCACUACUGGCGCAAAUUCGAUGAUGCCUUCAUGCGUCCUAUGUUUGGUGGCCGGGGUUUUGUUCCCUUCGUUCCUGGCUCACCGACAGAGCGCAAUCCUCCGAAUCAAUGGCAAUGAAAAAGAAAGCCAUCCAAGAUGUACAAAAGAUGUAAAGUUGUAAGCAUUACAAAGACAAUGAAGCGCUGCACGUCUUUGAACCUACCGCUGAAAAUUUUGACAAGAUUUUGGCAUUCCUGUUCAGAAGCAGUGUAUCUUAUUUUGUAAUUAGCUAUUAUACGUUAGCUGUCAGAUUAGGUUUGCCUAUUCAUUUUUCUUAUUACCUUCUUCUUUUUGUGAUACUGAGAGCUCAAAAUUAUCUGUCAUUUCUAUUGCCUUUAUAUUUUAUUUUAUUUUGGUUUUUUGUAUUGUA